AACUUAUUGAAGCAUUACAUAAGUUUAGCUCCUGAUUUUUGAGUCAAAAUCGUCAGCUGACAACAAAAUUAAGACCGGUCGAAAAAUUACUAUAUAAGAAAAAGUUUUCAACACACGAAAAUCCAAAUCAGUGAAAAUGAACAAAAUUGUGGCUCUGUUUGUUAUACUUUGUGGAAUCAGCGUUGGAUACUCGAUUCCGAUUCAAAAUGCUCUCAUGUACUACCGCCACGCGUCACCUUACAUGGUUCCACAACAUUCCAUGUAUGGAUUCCACUAUCAGAAUCAACAGCUGAGAAAUCAACGCCGAUCGGCUGGAGUAUCUGCCUUUGCUGCCGGAAACACCAUCGCCACUGGAACCUUUCUGAAGGAUUGCAAAAACACAGAUAUCGAGAGCGCUGAGCAGCCUGUUCAGAAUGAUCAGAACGUGCAGUCAACAGCGGAAGCCUACCCAGAAGAACAGUUUCCAGUAGAGGACGAGCCCCAGUUUGAUGUUCCAGCCGUGCACGAUCAGGAUGCUGUUGAACCAAUUGCUGAUGAACCAGUGGCCGAUCCAGCAGCUGAACCAGCAGCCGACCCAGCUGCUCCAGCUCUUCCAGCCAUCAUCCCUGACAAAAAGAAGAAGGUUACUGUUAAACUGGACUCCGACGAAGAUGAAACUGCAGUUUACGUUGGACGUCGGGGUGAAAAGGCAGCCGAGCCAAGCAGCUACUUCCCAAUCAAUUUUGGUGGUACCAGCGGAGGAGCCAUCGCUAUUGCCAACUCGUACAGCACCGGAAAGGGAGGAUCGGCUACCAGCACUGCCACUGCCUAUGGAAGCCCUGCGGCUGCUGAAUUAAGAAGAGCAACCCAGCCCGCUCAGUUGAAGAAGAAACCAGCCAAGCUGCGAGCAAGGAAGUACUAAUUUUGUCCAGUGUUCUCAGUGAUAAAUUAUAAAGUUCAACCAGCUCCGCCGUAGGUUUACAAAUGAAGUAAGUGCAAAAACAAGUCGACAAGCCAUAUGAUUCCGCAAAGUGUAAACAACUUUUAGUAUUUAUUGUAAUUAAAACACUUUCUUAAAAAAAUGCUCAAAUACAGAAGACUUCGAAGUAUC